AAAAUUUUUCUUUCUGCGUCUUAUUUUAUAUACACCUCGCCGCCGCCGGGAACCGUGAGCACAUCUCUCGCUCAUCACCGUUCGAAACCCUAACCUCCUUCGUCUCUCUGCUUAUAAACUUUGUGUUUCAGUUGUUUGUAAUGGAGAAGUCACGGGAAAGCGGUUUCUUGUUCUGUAAUUUGUGUGGGACGAUGCUGAUCUUGAAGUCAAGCAAGUAUGCUGAAUGUCCACUAUGCAAAACAACUCGUAACGCAAAAGAAAUCGUUGACAAGCAAAUAGCUUACACAGUUUCUGAUGAGGAUAUCAGAAGAGAACUAGGAAUCUCUCUGUUUGGUGAAAAAACUCAGGAAGACGCUGAGCUACCAAAGAUAAAAAAGGCGUGUGAGAAAUGCCAGCAUCCUGAGCUUGUAUACACAACCAGACAGACAAGAUCGGCAGACGAAGGACAAACAACAUAUUAUACUUGCCCCAAUUGUGGACAUAGAUUCACUGAAGGCUGAGAAUAUUACAUUCUCCAGUAUGAGAUUCGAUUCACUGGGAAUACCAGUUUUGUUUCUUACAUUUAUGUUACGAACUCAAUGUCUAUGUCAUCAUCAAAACUGUGUGUUGAUUCUUCACUAAUCAAUGUCAUAAUCAAAACCUUGAUGUAAUUGUUUCUUUUGCAUUUAUGGAAAACUUCUGUGUGAAAAAUUCCCCUAUGAACU